AGUUCCUCGCCGGCCGCAAAACGCAACCUGAAACCCUCUCCCAUCGCAGCAACCACGCAGCCGAGCUCUCAGUUCGCCGCGUCUGCCGAGCUCCCCAGUCUCCAGCCGGCGGUCACGCCAGCUCAAGAGCCUUUCUCCUCGUUCCCGCAACCGACGUCGCCAGGGAACUCGAGGAAGCGGAAGUCGGUUGGCCAGGCCCUGGACCAGAUGGCAAGCAACGCGACCCCAACGGGAGUAGCGUCUGGCGACGCACCGGCUGCUCAAAAGGCCGAUGUCGACCCGCCGCCGGCAGAACCUAAAGUCAAGAAAAGUAGAACCAACACGCCGUGGACGCCGGCUGAGGAGCAGAGACUCAAGACGAUGAGAGAUGCGGGGAACAGCUGGAGCGAGAUCGCAAAGACCUUCCCACAACGAACAGAAGGAAGCGUGAAAAAACACUGGUACAAGGACAUGCACUAUGCCGAGUUCGGAGAAGACGAGAGCGCAGCGCUUCUUGCCGCCAUCAAGGAGUACGACUCCAACAAGUGGAAGGUUAUCGGACAAAAGGUUGGAAAACCUGCAAAAGCGUGCGAGCAGUAUGCGAAGGAGCAUUUUGGUGGGAAGGUUUGA